UCUAACACUGAGAUACGUUUAGUUGCAGAAAAAAUCGCGGCAACAACAGAGAAAAUGUCAAGAUAAAUCUGUCAAUCUUUAUAACAAAACAGAAAAAAUAAACGACACAUCUAUUGUAAAUAACCCUUCAGAUUACUUUCUUCUAUAAUUCAAGGAAACAGGCAAUAGAUAAUUUUAUUGGUAUAAACAUUAAAAGAAGAGCGUCAACAGACUAUAUUUUUGCUAUGGAAACAGAGAGUCUACUACAGGAAAAUGAUACUUCAAACCAUGAUGUCAAGAAAUUCAAAGUACAGAAUGGACAAAAAAGUGAAGAGGACAAUGAUCAUGAAAAAUUAAAUGGAAAAGGGGAGACCACUGGGAAUAGUUUAAGUAUGAACAAUGGAACAGAUAAUUCAUUAGGUCAACAUAGGUCAGUACUGUCCCAGAUAUUGAACUCUAAGGAAGGAACUGUUAUUCAGGUUGAACAAAAUAACAAAACAAUGCUCUCACAAAAUUUGAUAGCGCCAAAUGUCAGUCAAAUGAACCAAUCUAUUCAAAUGUCAACGAUGCCUCCUAUGUUAGCCUCUCAAAUGAUCAAUUUAAGCCAAAUAACUAAUGGAUCUUACCAAUCACCAGUUAUGAUGUCAAAUGGAUCACCAAUGAUUCCCGUACAUCCAAUAUUGCAACAAAUUCAAACACUAAAUGGAUUGUAUCCAACUAAUGGUUUAAUUGUACAGCAGACACCAAAACCACCAACAGUUGAUCUAACUGAACAGGAAGAGAUUGGAAAAAUGAAGGAUGAUGGGCUUGAAGAAAGUGUCAGUACUGAAGUAUUUUCAAAGUAUCUCCACAGAGAGAUUGUACCAGGAUGUAUGCCCCACCCAGGGGAUAUUGUAGAGGCUGGACCUCUUGCAGAAUUACUACCUCCAGACCCUACCUACCCAGUUGUUGAAGGUAUAACAUCUGACAUAGUAGCUACUGGAAAACUCAGUAGUUUACAAUUAGAAGGGGUGCUAUAUGCAUGUCAAAGACAUCAGAUGAUUUUAACUAACGGUCAGCGAGCAGGAUUCUUCAUUGGUGAUGCCGCUGGUGUGGGAAAAGGAAGACAGAUAGCAGGUAUUAUUCUUGACAACUUCUCAAGAAAAAGAACAAAACACAUAUGGUUUACUAUUUCUUCUGAUCUAAUUGUGGAUGCACGAAGAGAUCUGACAGAUUUAGGAUGUCACAUAAGAGUUAUAGAUGGGUGUCAAGAACUUGACAAGGAAACAAGGGUUCUAGGUUUACCUGCUGAUUUUAAAGAGGGAGUUGUGUUUAGUACUUAUGCAACUUUAGUUUCUUCAGUACAGCGUGGAGGAGUAUUCAGUACAUCUAAGCAUAGUAGAAUACAACAGCUUGUAAACUGGUGUGGUGGUGAUAAAUUCGACGGAUGUCUUAUAUUUGAUGAAUGUCAUAAGGCAAAGAACUUUGUUCCUGGUAAAGAACAGAACAGUACUAAAGUAGCUUUAUCUGUAGCCACUAUACAGAGGUUACUUCCUAAAGCCAGAGUAUUAUACUGUAGUGCUACUGGUGUCACAGAUGUUAAAAAUAUGGCAUUUAUGGAGAGACUUGGAUUGUGGGGAGAGGGAGCACCAUUUAAGACAUUUGAAGGGUUCCUGGACACGGUACACAAGAAAGGUCUUGGUAUGGCAGAGAUGCUGGCGAUGGAGAUGAAGAUGUCGGGAAUGUAUAUCUCCAGAGGGCUGAGUUACAAGCAGGCAGAGUUUGUGACAAUAGAAGCACCACUGACCACAGAACAGAAGAAGAUGUUUGAUGUGGCUGCCAAAGUAUGGACAGAAUUAAAGAAGGCUUUAGAAAGUGCCAGUAGAAGGUGCAACAGUAGCAACAAUCGACUUUGGGGCCAGUAUUGGUCAGCCCAUCAAAGGUUUUUUAAACAACUUUGCAUGGGAAUGAAGGUACCAACCAUUGUAAAAGAGACCAAGGAAUCAUUAGAGGCAGGUUGCUGUGUUGUUAUAGGCCUACAGACCACUGGAGAGGCUAGUUUAGACAGUGAGCUGACAAAGAAAGGCAAUCUGACUGGAUUUAUGUCAUUAUGUAGAGAAAUCCUCACAAGAUUUAUAAAUCAGUACUUUCCUGUCAUGAUUGAAACUAAGAUUGGAGGUGUUGAUCCUAUACAGGAGGAUGAAUGGAGUAAAACAGCUAAAGGAAUGUUACUGGGAUUUGCUGAGCAAAUAAGUCUUCCUGACAGUCCUCUGGAUGAAAUAAUUGACAAGUUAGGAGGACCUAGCUGUGUUUCUGAGAUGACUGGAAGAAAAGGAAGGAUUGUUAGACAUAGACCUGCAGACACGCCCAAAUAUGAGCAAAGAUCAGCUGAUAUUGAUGCUUAUGGAGGGGUUGAUAGUUUGAAUGUACAGGAGAGAAACCAAUUUAUGGAGGGUAAAAAAUUGGUUGCAAUUAUAUCUGACGCUGCCAGUACAGGUAUUUCUCUUCAUGCUGACAAGAGAGUAGCAAACCAAUGUCGACGUGUGCACUUAACAGUUGAGUUACCCUGGAGCGCUGACAAGGCUGUCCAGCAACUAGGUCGAUCACAUAGGUCAAACCAGUCAAGUGGGCCAAUAUAUAAACUGCUGACCACAGAUUUGGGAGGAGAAAGAAGAUUUGCUGCUUCUGUUGCUAGAAGACUACAGUCUAUGGGUGCUUUGACGAAAGGAGACAGAAGGGCAGCAACUGGAGCAGAUUUGGGAGAAUUUAAUUACGACACACCGUAUGGAAGAAAUUCACUGAGAUUAAUGUAUCAGCAUAUAUGUUCUAAAAAGCUGGUUCCUGGAAUUGAUUUACAUGAGAUUACAGAAAAGUAUAACUUUGAACAAUUUCUACCACUAGUACAGGAAAGUUUAGUACUGAUGGGUUUAGCUGAUAUAGAGAAUAUAAAACUUGGUGUAGCUUUAAAAGAUUCAGAUGCUGGAGAUGUGUCUAAAUUCCUCAAUAGAAUUCUGGGAUUAUCUGUGGAAAAACAAAAUCUAAUGUUCAAUUAUUUCACUGAGGUUUUAAAACUUACAAUACAGAAUGCAAAAAAAGAGGGGAGGUACAAUGAAGGAAUGUUAGACAUCACAGCUUCGUCUGUUGAGAUGAUUGGAGAACCAAAGGAAAUAUUCAGUGAACUCAACAAAAGUCAUACUAAAACAAGAUUGAUAGAAUUGAACAUAGAUCGUGGAAUGAGUUGGGAUAUGGCAGUGACAAGAUUAGAAAGUCACACAGGUCCACAAGAUGGUUUCUAUAUAUCCAAGAGAGACAUGUGGGGAAGGAAACUUUGUAUUUUAGCCACACAGAAAGAAACAUCAUCUCAUCUAUUUAGAAUAUCACGGCCAAACACAGGACUUUCUAUGUUUGAGGAAGAAAAAGCAGAAUUGAUGCACAAGUAUGUCCCAUUAGCAAAAGACAAAGCAGAGAAAUUAUGGAAAGAAUUAUAUAGCCAGUCAAAGGAACAGUGUAUACAUGGUAAAAGUUGUAAACACAGCAAAACUUGUAGAGUUGGAAGUAGAUGUUACAGAAUGCACCUUUUAUGUGGAAGUAUUGUGUCACACAUGACCCUGUUGGAAGCCACUCUUAAUAAAUUUGCUGUAAAACUAAAUCUCAGUAAAUCGGAAGCCACUAUACGGGUUGUAAGAGUAAAACUGAAUAAUGGUGAAAGAGUAGUAGGGGUCCGCUAUCCAGAAGUUUUAGUCCGACAGGUUGAGAAAGUUUUAACAGAACAAAAUAGGAUACAAGCUCAUAUGACAGCACAGGAUGACCAGUCGAAACUCAGUCACUACUUUUCAAGUCAAAGUUCUCCAGUAAGGUCAAGUUCACAGCCCUCUGGUCUGGAUAGAACUCCAAGUUCACAACCAGACAUAUCUUCAAGUCCAAGUAUAGCUGCAAACAUUAGAAUCAAAACUGAACCUGGAUUAGAUGUACCACAGUCACCAUCCACAAAAGAGAAACUAUCUGACAGAAUUUCUCAAAGAUUCUUCACAGAACCUAUUACUCCUGUUUGUUUAAAAUCUCAGCGUAAGGCAUUCCGUCCUCCUGUGACAAUAAUGAGUUUUUUCAAACCAUCUGCAAAUACCUCUUUAAGUGGGUCUGUAAAGAAGUCUCAAAAUAGUUGUUUAGAAAAAACAAAAAUCUCAGAAUCUCCGGGCAAAUCAAAUGGCAUUGGCGAAAAUAUAAAUAAACUUGAUAGUAAAAAAGAUAAGUCUAAUGACAACUUAAACAACAAAAUGCCAAAGGAAAAGUACUGUGUACUUGUUUAUACUAGUAUUGGAGAGGGUGAAGUAAGAAACCAUCACUUGUAUCAAGACUUACCAGAGAUUUACCAUAGACUUAAGAAAUCUAAAUUUGAUUUAGAGGAAAGCAUAGAUGCUCAUGGUAUAAAGGAGACGGAAGAAAAACUGGCAGAACUCUGCAAAACAGAAGAAAUAAGUGAGAAGAAUUCCCCUACUGUAACCCAAGUCACUAUAUUGGUAGGUGGAUGUGAUAGUUGCAAAAAUAUGGGUUGUGAAGGAGGGGAUUCUAAGAAAGAAUUAAAGGGAAAGAAACGUAAAUCGUCAACUCCUAUUGUGCCUUCUAGUAAGCGACGUAAACAGUCGUCCAUUAUGAACAGUUUUGCAAAGUCUUCAUGUAAAAAAGAGGAAAGUAUACAGAAAGAGAAAACGUGUCCAAUUUGUCAGAAAAAGUUUGAUUCAGGAACUUCAAAUGAGGAAAUUAAUGAACACAUUGACAACUGUUUGAUUGAAUAGAAUAAUUAUUCUUCGUAAUUUUUUGUAAGGGCCAACAUAUUUUGGUAUGAUUUCGAUUAUUUCAGGAAGGAAUUGCCUCUUACAGGGGUUUCAUUACAAGACAACAAUUACGAUUAUAAUUAAGUGGUGGUUAGGAGGGAAAACUGUACUAAUAUAUCUAUUUAGCUACCUUUGGUAAAGUAUCUAUUUUUUAAGUAAAUCAUGAAGAGUUUUUUCAAGGCAUGUGAAAAUAAUUACCAGGUCAAAUGCCAAUGCCACAAACUAAUGAAGGAAAAAAAGAAUAGUGUAUCAUAGAAAUCCUUCUUUGUAUGGUGAUCAGAAACUUAUUUACCAUUGUUGGUUGAUCAAAAAGAUACAUACCAAAUCAAACAACAAUAUCUAUUUUGUUUUUUAAAUGAAUGAGAUAUGUGGAAAAUUAUCACUUGUUUAAGAUGGUACCUAACACUACAGGGAGAUAACUCUAUAAAAUUAGCUAAACGUUUUAAUUACGUUGCGUUUUUGGGGGAAUAUCAAGCUUUUCAAUGUUCAAAUUAGUGCUUGUCAAAGUGCUAUAUAACCAGUGUAAUUUUUCUGAUCAAACGGUUGGUUAAAUUUUUUUGAAAUUUUUAUAUUUUUGUCAAAGGGUCAAAGUAAAUACUUUGUAAAAAUUUUAUGAAAAUUAAACAAUCCAAAUUAAUUUUAGUGAAGAUGUUGGGUACCACCUAAUGGGUUUUCAUUCCAUGAGUCGAAACCUGGAAAUAGUCAAUACAAAUUUAUUCUUAUCUACACUACCUUCUAUAUGUUAAGUGCUUUAAGGAAACAUGGUGCUAUUUUAUAAGUUUUUUAAAAGUGCUGUAUAUUAUAAUAUGACAUUUUUAUUCUGUAUAAAUGUGUUUUUUUUUAAAGAAUGAUAUUGUUUAAGCAAGAGUGUUUUGAUCAUCAUGUAUGCUUGUUAUUGUUGAUGAUAUGAAAAAUAUGUUUUGCAAGUUACUAGAGCUUCCUUCUGCUGUAUGGCUUCAUUUUCUAACAACAAUAUUUAUACUACAAGGCCAGAUGGAUUUUACUAUUAGACAACACUUAACCUAUGUAAACUUGUAUUCAAAUGGAUAUUUAACAUUCUCAGUAGCAUUUAAUGUGGAUUCAUUUAUUUCGUGGGUACCAAUUUUCGUGGAUUGAGGAAAACUUGCAUUAUUGUGGAUAUAUAAAAUCGUGGUUUUGACAAAGUUUGCAUAAAUUCCUGUAGAAAAUAUGUAUUUCGUUAAACAUUUAAAUUCCUGGUUCCCCUGUACCCCCAAAAUCCAUGAAAAUUAGUAUCCAACGAAAUAUUAAUGAAUCCACAGUAGUUCUUUAGUUAUUCUUAUUCUAAAAAGAAGAAAACAGCAUUAGUAUGAAACUUAUUGUUUCAGAUCAUUAUUAGAUUAUAUAUUAUUUUAAACUCGGUAGAAUGUUAUAUAUGUAUGAAUUUAAAAGUAUUACUUGAUUUAUUUCACAUGACUGGGCGGAGUUAAAACGAUUCGCUCAUCAUUGACUAGUCCAUCUACUGAUAUAAGUUUUGGGAUAAAAUCAUCAAUGAAGUUUCCAGUUAUGGUCAUUGUAAAUUCAUUUGGUGACACUGAUAAGUGAUUAGAAAUCAAUGAUGAUUAUAACUGGAAUCAGCCAUAUCACACACAUCUUCAAUGGACUGUCCUUAUGCAAAUUAAAACGUAAGCUCCGCCAAUCAGUUGAAAUAACAUCAGUAAUAAUCUUGAAUACAAUUUUUUUAUUUUUUUUUAUUUUGGAUGCUUUUAGUGGAUUGCUUACUCAAGAGCCGGUCCUGACUAAACAAAAAUGAUAUGACAUAGUUAUUAUAUAACUGUUUAAAUUUUACCGUAUAUUUAUGUAAAAGUUUUGGAAUACAGGUAUAUGUUUUAUCUUUUUCCAGUCAAAUAAGGAUUAUUUAAGGGCAGAUGUAUUGAAUAAAGGUUUAUGUACAAACAUUUAUAUUAACCUUGUCUACCAGUUUGUAAUCAUGAAAAGAAGGAUAAAUCCAGAUUUCCUUGUUAUUGAUGUUUUUAUACUUCUUUUCAAAUAGCUUACACACUGUUCCAAUUAAAUGCUCUCUGUUAAAUUAAUUUUUGGAAUAUUAUUCAUCUGUUCAUUUUGCACAAAGAAUAUGUUUACAAGAGAUUAUGUACAAUUCUAUAGAUUUUAAAACAAAUAAAUCCAGUUGGUUUUUUA